AUGUAUAAAAUAAAAAAAGUUCUUUUUACAACUGACAAUUUUGAAAAAGCAAAAAAAAAGUUGCAAAAAUAUGAAUGGACAUCUGAUAUCGCGACAGAUGACAAUGAAAAUAUUAUUGGAAAAAGGAAUAGAACAAAACCAAAAAAGUAUAUAACAACAUCAUCUGAAUCUUCUAAUGAAGAAUUGACAUCACAUGCAACUAUCAAUAAAAAGAUACCUCCUAGGCCUCCUCAAAUUGUGAAGAAUACUUUAUAUAAUAAAUUCAAUAUAGUUAAAGCAGUGAGUGCACAUUCAUCAUCAUUAUCUCAUUGUCAGACACAUUUCAAAGAAACAUCUACUCCCGUAAAUCUCAUUGAGGAAGUAACAACAAAUACAGAAAAAGAGCUCGAAAAUGAAAGUGUUUCAAACGUUAUAAAUAAUACCACAGUUCUUUUGAAAGCACUUGUUUUCGUUAAGCAACAGAAUCGACAAAUAAUACAUCAAAACGAAGAAAUUCUUAAAAUAUUAAAAAAUAAGGAACGUUCUCAGGGCCCAAAUUUUCAAGAGCCAAAUUUACCUGUACAACUACCAUUGAAAAAUUUUGAAGAAGUGACUCUUCUUCAUGAUCAUAUAAAUGACAACGAGAAUUUUUCUGAAUUGAUAUCAUAUUUGUCAACAUUAGGAGGCCAUGAUGUUACUUCGAAAACAAACGCUAUUUUAAGAAAGAUUCUUACUAAUGAAGUGGCAUCUCACUACAGUUUUCUUGGUAGCAAAAACCAAAAGAAAGCAUUUCCAACAAUAAAUUUGAAUAGAGCAGUAAUUAGAGCAGUUCAAAUUGCAAUACCACAAACAUCAGAAGAUGAUGUAACUGUUUGCAUUAAAAACUGGUUGAAACCUUCCCCUCAACGUCUUACAUUGGAGUUAAAAAAACAAAAUAAUCAGUAAAGAAACAUUCUUUAUUCGUGC